AUGGAUGAGUUCCGCCUUGGAGCCUAUGAAAGGGCUGAAUUGUACAAAGAAAGAAUAAAGAAGUACCAUGACCGUAGAAUUGAAAAGCAGGAUUUUCAGAAAGGUGACGUGGUGCUCUUCUUCAACUCUCGACUCAAGAUUUUUCUACGUAAGCUCAAAUCCAAAUGGUCUGUCCCAUUUAGAGUUAAGAAAGUCUACUCAUCUAGAGUAGUGGAACUCAAAAAUGAAGAUGGAAGUGUCUUUAAAGUUAAUGGGCAGCAUGUAAAACUGUAUAUCGGUACAACAGACUCGAUGAAGAGAAUUGCGAUACUCUAUCUCGAUGAAGUUUGA